AUGCUUCCCCGACUCCUCCGGCCGCAGAGCUCGCUGCGUGCGGCUUCCUCCUUCGUUCAGAAACCUGUCUCCGCCCUCCCACGCUUCCAAUACCGCAGCUUCCAUCGUGUCCCCAAAUUGACGCACGACGAGCACUUCAAGGCCAAUGGUAUCUCGGAAUUUAUGUCUCCCGAGGCGGUCGAUUUCGCCUGGACGCAAUAUCAGAGUCUCCUUGUCGACAAGCUGAACCUUUUGACGCAGGACACCCCUGAUGCCGACGCGAAGCCCGGAGAACUGCUGGUCAAGUACUCCCGCCGUCCGGAGAUGGCCUCCGUUUUCAACUACGCCUCCAUGGCCCACAACAACCACUUUUUCUUCAACUGUUUGGCUCCCACCCACACCCAGAUCCCCGAAAAGUUCGCCAAGGACAUCAUCGACACCUGCUCCUCUGUUGAGUCUCUGAAGCUCGACUUCCUGGCGACCGCCAACGCCAUGUUCGGACCUGGAUUCGUGUGGCUGGCCAAGAACCUCGAGCGGGAGGGACUCAUGCACAUCUUCUGCACCUACAACGCCGGUUCGCCCUACCCGGCCGCUCACUCCCGGCGGCAGUCGGUCGACAUGGCCACCCACUCGCCGGACGCUCCGAUGGGCAACCAAUUUGCCGGCGCGAUGGGCGCCCACUCGCAGAACCAGAAGAACCUGGCGCCUGGCGCCCUGGACGUCCAGCCCAUCCUGUGUGUGAACACGUGGGAGCACGUCUGGAUGAUGGAUUACGGCAUCGGAGGCAAGGCCGAGUACCUCGAGCGGUGGUGGGACCGGAUCAACUGGGAGGUUGUGUUGGAUAACUACAACGCGGUCAGCUCGGUGCAGGCAGGACGCCAGAUGUCCAACUGGAACCGCAGCCUGAACAUGGUAUGA